AUGUCGGCACUGUUCUCCGAAUACACAUCUGCAGCGGGGGAAACUAAUGAGGUCUCGUCAUGGAUCAGGAUGGUGGAUGUGGAUGUGGCUGCGGACUGCGGACUGCGGCCCACAAUGAUGGACCGUGGUGACCCGGUGACUUGUAUUUCAUGUUGGGCAGGCGGCUCGUAUCUGGUUUCGAGCACUCUAGAACCCCCAUAA